GGUGCAACUAGGUUAAGCAAUGGCAACACUGGAUGCAGUUGAUGUUUUGAGCACAAAUUCAGUUCUCAGCGUUAUGGAGCUCACCAAAAAGCCACUUACAACGAUCCCUCAGAACUAUAUUUGUCCAGAUCAAGAGCCAGUACUACUUGGUCUCUCUGAUCAUGACUGCAAUACUACUUUGCCUACGCUUCCAACAAUUGACAUGGAAAAAUUGAUCAUCGGGGAGACCACAGACUUAGAACUAGACAAGUUGCAUUCUGUUUGCAAAGCUUGGGGCCUUUUUCAGUUGGUGAACCAUGGAGUAAGUUCUUCACUACUAAACAAGCUGAACAAGGAGAUUGAAGAAUUCUUCGAGCUUCCCUUGGAAGAGAAAAUGAAAUACAAGGUAAGGCCAGGUGAUGUUGAAGGGUAUGGAACAGUCAUCCGACCCAAAGCUCGAAGCCUUGAUUGGGGUUAUAGGUUCUACAUGACAAUCAACCCUAUUCAAAGGAGAAAACCAUAUUUAUUCCCAGAGCUACCUCCAUCCUUGAGGAACACCUUAGAGUCAUACUUCUCAGAGCUGAAGAAACUUGGCAUGACACUUAUGGAGUUGAUGGGAAAAGCUCUGAAGAUAGACAAGAGAGAGUUGGAGGAGUUAUUUGAAGAUGGGAUGAGAUCAGUGAGGAUGACAUGCUAUCCGCCAUGCCCACAACCAGAGCUAGUUGUUGGCUUUCCUCCUCACUCUGACGCUACUGGUAUCACCAUCCUUCAUCAAGUCAAUGGAGUUGAGGGUCUCCAGAUUAAGAAAGAUGGGGUUUGGAUUCCUGUGAACUUCCUUCCACAUGCCUUUGUUGUCAACGUAGGAGACAUCAUGGAGAUCUUGAGCAAUGGAGCCUAUACCAGCGCUGAGCACAGGGUAGCAGUCAAUUUAGAGAAAGAAAGGAUAUCGAUCGCUGUGUUCUUCAACCCCAAAUCCGAGGCAGAGAUUGAGCCUUUGAAAAGUCUGUUGAACACUACAAAAAGCCCACCUUUAUUUAGAAGGGUUUCCAUUGAAGAUUUUCACAAAGAUUUCUUCUCCCGUGAUCUCAAAGGAAAGACAAAUUUGGAGUAUUUAAGGAUUAAAACUGGGGAAGGUAAUACUCAUGAUCAAAUGAAAACUAAUACUAUCACUGCAUGCGCGUGUCAUGUAGCUAUAUAUAUAUAUAUAUAUAUAUAUAUGUAUGUAUAUAAAUGCACCCAUGAAUAAUUACCAUAUUUUCAAUGCCCAAAAUUGAUAGUUUACACACCCUAAACUAUUGAAUUGUUAGCAAUUUGCAUCCCAGUUAAUUAAGAAUCCGUGAAAAA